GUCCUGACAUGUCGGGCCAAGGAGACGUGCAAGGUCCAGAACGGCCGUGCGAUGUGCGUUCCCAACUUCAUUGGAACCUGCUGGGGCUGGGGGGACCCGCACUAUCACACCUUCGACGGGCUGAACUUCAACUUCCAGGGCACCUGCACCUACACCCUGGCCAAGUACUGCGGGAGCGACAACACCCUGGUGCCCUUCACCAUCGAUGAGAAGAACGACAACAGGGGAGGCAACCAGGCUGUCUCCUACGUGCGCCUGACCAACAUCUACGUCUAUGGCUACAACAUCUCCAUCUACAAGAAGGAAGUUGGGAAAAUCAGAAUCAAUGACGUGACCACCAGCUUGCCGGUGACCCUGGAAGACGGUAAAAUCAAGCUCUACCAGAGCGGUCUCAGUGCUAUCCUGCGGACAGACUUUGGUCUGCAGGUGUCGUAUGACUGGAAUUGGCACCUGAUCAUCACCCUCCCCAGCAGCUAUUAUGGGGCCAUGGGCGGCCUUUGUGGGAACUUCAACCAAAAGCGUGGAGAUGACAUGACGUCACCCAAUGGCACCCGAGUCUCUUCCAUCGUGGAGUGGGCCAGGAGCUGGAAAGUCAAAGACCGGGACCCCUUCUGCUGGGAUGAUUGCAAAGGGACAUGCCCGACGUGCGAUAAGAGCAAGCAGAAGAUCUACGGGGGCGACGAAUAUUGUGGUUUGAUCAGCAAAAGACCAGGAGGGCCCUUCAGAGAGUGUCACUCCAAAGUGCGCCCCCAGGACAUUUUUGACAGCUGCAUCUACGACGUGUGUCUGAACGGGGGAGCCAAGAACAUCCUGUGCCAGGCGCUGGAGGCCUAUGCAGCCAUCUGCAAGAAACAGGGCAUCACCGUCUAUGACUGGAGGACACCGUCCGGCUGCGUCCUGCCCUGCCCUGAGAACAGCCACUACGAGGCCUGUGGGAACGCCUGCCCGGCCAGCUGCUCCGACCAAACCGCCAACUCCUCCUGCCUGGAGCCCUGCGUGGAGACCUGCCAGUGCGACAACGGUUACGUCCUGAGUGCCGGCCAGUGUGUCCCCGUGGAGAGCUGUGGCUGUGACUACAAUGGCCGCUACUACAAACCCAACGAGGAGUUCUGGGCCGAUGAGAACUGCCUCUCUCGGUGCAGAUGUGAUCCCAGCUUGGGCAUGGUGCUUUGCCAGGAGACCGGCUGCAAGGCCAGCGAGAGAUGCGCCGUGAUCAACGGGGUCCGUGGCUGCUCCCCAAUCAGCUACUCCACCUGCACGGCCUCCGGAGACCCUCACUACACCACCUUCGACGGGAAAAAGUACGAUUUCAUGGGCACCUGCAUCUACCUUCUGGCUGGGGUCUGCUCCGAGGACCCCACGCUCACCCCAUUCAACAUCAAGGUGGAGAAUAACAACCGCGGCAGCAAGGCCGUGUCCUACACCAAAGUGGUGACCUUGGAGGUCUACGGUAGAAACAUCACUGUCAGCCAGCAAUAUCCCCGCAAGAUCAAGGUGGACGGAGUCUUUGUGGCCCUGCCUUUCUACCAUGAGGAGAAGCUACAGGCUUACGUCAGCGGAGCCCAAGUCCUCAUCAAGACCGCCUUCGCGCUGAGGGUGACCUUCGACGGGAGCCUGGUCCGGGUCACUGUGCCCAACACCUACGCCAACGCCCUCUGCGGCCUGUGCGGUGACAACAACCAAACUGCCAGUGACGACCUGACCAUGAGAGACGGGAGACGGGCAGCCAACGCCGUCCAGUUCGCAGAGAGCUGGAAGGUGGGGGAGGUCCCGGGCUGCUCAGACAGCUGCACCGGGAAGUGCCUGGUCUGCAGUGAGGCUCAGAGACAACCCUACAAGGGAGAUCGGUACUGCGGGGUCAUCACCAGAGGGGACGGACCGUUCAGAGAGUGCCACGGAGUCAUCGACCCAGCCCCUUUCUUCGACGACUGCGUCUUUGACACCUGCCAGUACAAGGGUCUCCGGGAUGCUCUCUGCAGUGCCAUCAGCGCCUACGUGAUGGCCUGCCAGGCCAGGGGCAUCCGGAUGGGGCAGUGGAGAUCAGCCUCAUUCUGCAGUCCCACCUGCCCCAGUAACUUCCACUACGAGCUCUGUGGGAGCGGCUGCCCUGCCACCUGCCACGGGCUCUCGGCGCCGGACGGCUGCGAUGCCCCCUGUGCCGAAGGGUGUUUCUGCGACGCCGGGUUCCUCCUGAGCGGAGACCGGUGCGUCCCCGUCGUGCAGUGCGGCUGUGUGCACCAGGGCAGGUACUACAGGAAGGGAGAGGAGUUCUACGCCAGCGCCUCCUGCCGGGAGCGGUGCCGGUGCCAAGACAACGGGGUCGUCCAGUGUCGGGAGGCCUCCUGUGGAGCCAACGAGCAGUGCAAGGUGGCGGAUGGCGUCCGGAAAUGCCACCCUGUCGGAUCUGCAACGUGUUCUGCUGCCGGAGACCCCCACUACCUCUCCUUCGACGGAGUUGCCUUCGAUUUCCAAGGCACCUGCACCUACAUCCUGGCCAAGACCUGCGCUGACGCCGGGAACCUGACAUCCUUCUCCGUGAAGGUGGAGAACAAGCCCUGGGGCAAUGGCAAGGUGUCUGUCACCAAGCUGGUGUCCGUGGAGGUCUACGGGCUCACGCUUACCCUGCUGCAGAACAGGAAGGGGCUCGUGGACGGGGUGUUCCACAACCUGCCUGUGAUCGUGGCCGAUGGGCAGCUCCGAGCGUAUCAGCACGGCAGGAACGUCCUUGUGCAAACUGACUUCGGCCUCACCGUGAGCUACGACCUGGUUUACCAGGCCAGAGUCACUGUCCCGGGGAACUACCAGGGCCAGACGUGCGGCCUGUGCGGGAACUACAAUGGUCGUCGGGACGACGAGUUCCUGCUCCCCGACGGCAGCGCGGCCCCUAACGUGGCAGCCUUUGGUUCCGCCUGGAAAGUCCCGAUCCCGGGGGUGGCCUGUGACGACGGAUGCGCCGGGAACAGCUGCCCGGUCUGCAAGGAGAAGAAGAAGGAGUUCUUCAAACAGCGCAACUUCUGCGGGCUGCUCAUGGCCCCCGACGGCCCCUUCGCCUCCUGCCACGGCAUGGUCAGCCCCAGCGUGUAUUUCAACAACUGCCUGUAUGAUGUGUGCUUGGGCAACGGGGACUCCCAGGUCCUGUGCCAGAGCAUCCACAGCUACGUGACGGCCUGCCAAGAGGCCGGGGCCCCUGUCCAGCCCUGGAGGAGCGCCUCCUUCUGCCCUCUGCGCUGCCCGGCCAACAGUCACUACGAGGUGUGCGCCGACCUCUGCACCACCACCUGUGCCAGGAUCACCGACGCCAGGAAGUGCCCAGACACCUGCGCCGAAGGCUGCCAGUGCGACGAUGGCUUCCUCUUCGAUGGCCAGGGCUGCGUGGCUCUGCAGAGCUGUGGGUGCUUCAAGAAGGGGAUAUAUUACCAGCCUAAUGAGACGGUUCUGACCAACAAGUGCCAGCAAAGCUGCACCUGCACUCCUGCCCAAGGGGUGACCUGCGAAGCCCACAGCUGCACCAGGGAUGAAACCUGUCAGAUCAGAGAUGGAGUCAUGCAAUGCAUCAACAGAGAUCCCUGCAAAGUCCUGACAUGUCGGGCCAAGGAGACGUGCAAGGUCCAGAACGGCCGUGCGAUGUGCGUUCCCAACUUCAUUGGAACCUGCUGGGGCUGGGGGGACCCGCACUAUCACACCUUCGACGGGCUGAACUUCAACUUCCAGGGCACCUGCACCUACACCCUGGCCAAGUACUGCGGGAGCGACAACACCCUGGUGCCCUUCACCAUCGAUGAGAAGAACGACAACAGGGGAGGCAACCAGGCUGUCUCCUACGUGCGCCUGACCAACAUCUACGUCUAUGGCUACAACAUCUCCAUCUACAAGAAGGAAGUUGGGAAAAUCAGAAUCAAUGACGUGACCACCAGCUUGCCGGUGACCCUGGAAGACGGUAAAAUCAAGCUCUACCAGAGCGGUCUCAGUGCUGUCCUGCGGACAGACUUUGGUCUGCAGGUGUCGUAUGACUGGAAUUGGCACCUGAUCAUCACCCUCCCCAGCAGCUAUUAUGGGGCCAUGGGCGGCCUUUGUGGGAACUUCAACCAAAAGCGUGGAGAUGACAUGACGUCACCCAACGGCACCCGAGUCUCUUCCAUCGUGGAGUGGGCCAGGAGCUGGAAAGUCAAAGACAGGGACCCCUUCUGCUGGGAUGAUUGCAAAGGGACAUGCCCGACGUGCGAUAAGAGCAAGCAGAAGAUCUACGGGGGCGACGAAUAUUGUGGUUUGAUCAGCAAAAGACCAGGAGGGCCCUUCAGAGAGUGUCACUCCAAAGUGCGCCCCCAGGACAUUUUUGACAGCUGCAUCUACGACGUGUGUCUGAACGGGGGAGCCAAGAACAUCCUGUGCCAGGCGCUGGAGGCCUAUGCAGCCAUCUGCAAGAAACAGGGCAUCACCGUCUAUGACUGGAGGACACCGUCCGGCUGCGUCCUGCCCUGCCCUGAGAACAGCCACUACGAGGCCUGUGGGAACGCCUGCCCGGCCAGCUGCUCCGACCAAACCGCCAACUCCUCCUGCCUGGAGCCCUGCGUGGAGACCUGCCAGUGCGACAACGGUUACGUCCUGAGUGCCGGCCAGUGUGUCCCCGUGGAGAGCUGUGGCUGUGACUACAAUGGCCGCUACUACAAACCCAACGAGGAGUUCUGGGCCGAUGAGAACUGCCUCUCUCGGUGCAGAUGUGAUCCCAGCUUGGGCAUGGUGCUUUGCCAGGAGACCGGCUGCAAGGCCAGCGAGAGAUGCGCCGUGAUCAACGGGGUCCGUGGCUGCUCCCCAAUCAGCUACUCCACCUGCACGGCCUCCGGAGACCCUCACUACACCACCUUCGACGGGAAAAAGUACGAUUUCAUGGGCACCUGCAUCUACCUUCUGGCUGGGGUCUGCUCCGAGGACCCCACGCUCACCCCAUUCAACAUCAAGGUGGAGAAUAACAACCGCGGCAGCAAGGCCGUGUCCUACACCAAAGUGGUGACCUUGGAGGUCUACGGUAGAAACAUCACUGUCAGCCAGCAAUAUCCCCGCAAGAUCAAGGUGGACGGAGUCUUUGUGGCCCUGCCUUUCUACCAUGAGGAGAAGCUACAGGCUUACGUCAGCGGAGCCCAAGUCCUCAUCAAGACCGCCUUCGCGCUGAGGGUGACCUUCGACGGGAGCCUGGUCCGGGUCACUGUGCCCAACACCUACGCCAACGCCCUCUGCGGCCUGUGCGGUGACAACAACCAAACUGCCAGUGACGACCUGACCAUGAGAGACGGGAGACGGGCAGCCAACGCCGUCCAGUUCGCAGAGAGCUGGAAGGUGGGGGAGGUCCCGGGCUGCUCAGACAGCUGCACCGGGAAGUGCCUGGUCUGCAGUGAGGCUCAGAGACAACCCUACAAGGGAGAUCGGUACUGCGGGGUCAUCACCAGAGGGGACGGACCGUUCAGAGAGUGCCACGGAGUCAUCGACCCAGCCCCUUUCUUUGACGACUGCGUCUUUGACACCUGCCAGUACAAGGGUCUCCGGGAUGCUCUCUGCAGUGCCAUCAGCGCCUACGUGAUGGCCUGCCAGGCCAGGGGCAUCCGGAUAGGGCAGUGGAGAUCGGCCUCAUUCUGCAGCCCCACCUGCCCCCGUAACUCCCACUACGAGCUCUGUGGGAGCGGCUGCCCUGCCACCUGCCACGGGCUCUCGGCGCCGGACGGCUGCGAUGCCCCCUGUGCCGAAGGGUGUUUCUGCGACGCCGGAUUCACCCUGAGCGGAGACCGGUGCAUCCCCGUCGCACAGUGCGGCUGUGUGCACCAGGGCAGGUACUACAGGAAGGGAGAGGAGUUCUACCCCAGCGCCUCCUGCCAGGAGCGCUGCUUAUGCAAAGACAACGGGGUCGUUGAGUGCCAGGAGGCCUCCUGUGGAGCCAAUGAGGAGUGCAGGGUGGAGAACGGAGUCCUGGGCUGCCACGCCACGGGAUAUGGAACAUGUGUAGCAUCUGGUGACCCUCACUACAUCUCCUUUGAUGGACGGGCCUUUGACUUCCAGGGCUCCUGCACUUACACCUUGGCCAAGGUUUGCAGCAGAGACUCUGGACUGGGGAACUUCUCUGUGGUGGUGGAGAAUGAGAGCCCUGGUGGUGGCCACAUGGCUGUGACGAGGACAGUGGUGGUGUCGCUGCAUGGUUACACCAUCGCCAUGGAGAGGGGGAGGAAGUGGAAGAGUGCGGUGGGUGGUGAGCUCUACACCCUCCCACUGGCUACGGACGAUGGGAAACUUCAGAUCAACCAGGAGGGGAACAACCUCAUUGUCCAAUCUGCCUCUGGCCUCCAAGUCUUUUAUGACACUGCCUCCUACCUCCUAGUGUCCGUCCCCAGCACCUACAAGGGACACGUGUGCGGCUUGUGUGGCAACUUUAACGAUGACAAGAACGACGAUCUCCUGCUGCCCGGUGGGACGAGUACCCAGAAUGUGGAUGAGUUUGUCGCCUCCUGGAAGGUGCCUGUUGAUGCUGCCACAUGCUCCGAUGGCUGUGGUGAGAAGUGCCCCGUCUGUGAUGCAGCCCAGACAGCGCUGUACCAGACUGAGAGCUCCUGUGGGCUGAUCACAGCCACCUCGGGUCCCUUCAGACACUGUCACUCAAUAAUCAGUCCUGUUGAGUACUUCAGCCACUGUCUCUAUGACUUGUGUGCCACCAACGGAAGGGGAGAGACCCUCUGCCAGAGCCUGCAGGCCUAUGUGGCUGCAUGCCAAGCAGCUGGGGCCAAGAUGGAGACCUGGAGAACUCCCCCCCCCAAAAUUCCCUAA